UAUUAUUAUGGGAAAGCUUUUCUCAAACCAACAAAAAUUUUAGUGGCUGACGCAAACAACACCAGAUUCUCAACUCUCACUCCAAUGGCUUCUCUUCACCUUCUUCAACCUCUAACCUUUCUGUCUUCCCAUUCCGUCCCUCUCUUUUCCCAAUAUUCCAAUCCAAUCAGUUUCAGACCCUCCUUCCCGAAAAAGCCCUUUCCACUGAAGAAAUCCCUCACUCUUUCCUUUGCUCUAACCGAGUCUGACUCCCCCAAGUCCUUACAACCCAACCCCGAGCUUCUCCUUCAAGAAUUGGCCGACAGUUUUGAUCUUUCAAGAGAUUACUUUGAAAAGCUUCCCCGUGAUCUUCGUCUUGAUCUCAACGAUGCUGCUUUUGAUCUUUCUAAUGGACCCGUUGUUGACGAGUGUGGUCAAGAGAUGGGAGAAAUAUUGCUAAAUCUCUCCCGAGCUUGGGAAGCCGCUGACACCUCCACUUCACAUGCUUUAGUAAGCAAGUUCCCUACGUUGGUGCAAUCCUUGACAGACAAUUACAAGUCAGGAUUUGGCAAGCGUUUGAUAUCUGCUGGAAGAAGGUUCCAGUCAAUGGGACAGUACGGUCAGGGUGAACUACAGAAGAUUGCCGAAGUAAUGAAUACAACUGGAAAGCUUCUGUCUGCAUUGUCUACUCCUAAAGUAGCUGAAGAGCCCAAGAUCGAAACCAGAAUGUUUAAGUUUGGAGAGCUUCAAGUUGAACUGACUGCUGAGAAGGCAAACAUCGGUGCAGCAAUUGGUUUUGUUUUUGGAGUAAUUUCAUGGCAACUGAGUCAGGGUGUCCAAAGUGUUAGUGAGAGUUCUCUGCAGUAUGCAAAUGAAAAUGCUUUACUUCUAGCCAAGUCUUUGAGAGGCGCUCUACUUGCGGUUUCAUACUCAUCGGCUGUUUUGUCUGCUUUCACUACCGUGGGAUUAAUCUUACUUGCUAGACAACUGAAAUCAAAGGAAGAUGCUUGCUUGGUGAAGACUUCCAUUCGAAGAGAAAAAUACAAUCAAUACGACCCAAGGGCUUAAAUGUUUAUCACACUCUUUCGCUGGGUUGCAGCUACGUGGAGAAUAGGCUCAAUGUAAUUAAAAAAUUUCCAUCAAUUCUACGACACAUAACGAGUCUUCCAAUGCCAGAUUACACAGUAAGCAAAAGACAUCCCAUACCAAAUCACGUAUAGCAAGUAUGAGACAUCCUAUUUUAAAUCAAUCACAAAGCAAGAAUAAGACAUCCCACAUCAGAACAUAACCAAUGUGAGGAAUCUCUUGCAUAGGGUACAAAAGAUCCUAUUAUUUCAUCAUUCUAGUUCAUGUUAAAUCUAGGGGCAUUAAAAUACCCGAUAACCCGACUAACAUGGAUUACCCAACCUAAACCGUAAGGGUUGACUUGGGCAGAUUUUGGUCGAGUUUACCUAACCCGACCCAGUUAUAAUAUAUAUAUAUAUAUAUAUAAAAACCCUAGAUAUGUGUCAUAACCAUUUAGCCCCUUUGCAUUUGAACCUUCCGACUUUCGUUCGACAUUUGAAGUUUGCAGUUUAAUUCACAUGCAUCUUGCCACUCAAACUACGAAAUAUGUACCACCUCUACCUCCCAAGUCCAAAUGAAAGAGGCCUAAUAAACAAACUUCUUCUAUGUGGGAUCGUUUCACAAAAAUGGAAGUGAGUGCUAACGAUGUAGCUAGGUGCAAGUGUAACUAUUGUGGCAAGGAUUAUGCAUGUGAUAGUAAUAGUUAUGGAACUAGAACUUUGUGGAAGCAUUUAAGAAUUUAGUGUAAGAAGUACCCAUAUAGACAAGAAGAUAAAAGAUAAACCACCUUAACUCUUAUACCUACAAACACUACAAGAAAUUAUGGAUCUCCCAACGUCGCUUUACACCGUCAAAAUAUAUGGUGUCAAGAGUUAGGGCCUCUCUCGACACAUAAACUGGGGUGUUUGGAGAGGCAAGAAUUUUCGACGCCUUACUUAAAGCGUCAGAAAUUCUUGGAUAUAUUUCGAUGCUUUAUGUAAAGCAUCAAGAGUUCUUGGAUAUAUCCCAACGCCUUAAGUCUUUCGAGAAUUCUUGGAUAUAUCUCGACGCUUAAAGUAAAGCGUCGAGAAUUCUUGCAUAUAUCUCGACGCUUUAAGUAAAGCAUCGGGAGUUAGUCUUUUUAAACACCCCCCCCCCCCCCCCCUCACAGAUAUGUGAAGAAGGGUAAAGGGAUGGGUAGAAAUGGAGUGCGCUAGGGUUGCUCCUCCACCAUCAGGGUCGGCGUUAGCGUCACUAUUAGUGCCAAUGCGUUGUCGUCAUCAUUGGUCGCCUUGUCCGCCGCCUCCACUCCCUCAAUCUUCGUCUCUGUCACGACCUCUUGGUUGGAGUUAAUUCAAAGUUUAAAAUCCUAAAUAUAAACCCCUUUCAAUUUGUUCUUAAUUUUCUUUUCUAUCAGUGAGUUUUUUUAUUUUUUAUUCUCAACUCUCCAAUAUUUCUUCUUGAUUUAUGUAUUUGUUAUAUCCAAAAGUUUGAAAUAGGUUGUAAUGGUUCUUCAUGUUCUUGGCAACAAUGGUGAGUUUCUAAAGUAUUAUUUUUAUUUUUCUUGUUCUUUACUUAUUGCUAGUAUGUCUUCAUGGUUUGAAUUUUUGACUGAAUCCUUGU